AGGGAAAGUGGCAGUGCGCUGCAGAGAUGAUGAGCUGGUUGGCUGAGAACAUCCUGCAGAACCAGAGUUUCCAGGCGGCCAGGAGGUUUCUGGACGAGGCGUUUAAAACCCUGCAGGACCUGCCCAACGGACAGACAGACACCAUCCGGCUCAGUUUCGCACGCUAUCACUACGUAGAAGGGGUAUAUGCAAGCCAGCUAGGACACUACGAAGAAAAUGUGCAGCAGCUUCAGAAGGCUCUUGAAAUUCAAUCCGAGAUCUUAGGCGAUGACAUAAUGACCGCGCGGACGGUGAACUCCCUGGGCUAUGCCCACCACCAUCACGCCCGAACACUGGAUAGCGAUCCGCUGGCCUACAUGAACAUUCUUAACCAAGGACUGGAGCGGCACCGACAGGCCUAUGAGAUGGUCCAAAAAGCAAUAGGUUCUGACCAGCACAUCGACUGUCCCACAUACCUGAUGAACAUCGGCACCAUGUACCUGGACAUGGGCUUCUAUUACUCGAGGGAGAACAUAUCGGCUCUCAGCUCGCAGAACUUCGACAAGGCGCUGGAAUACUUCGACAAAGCAGUGGAUCUGGAGAAACGGAUGAAAACCGAGGGUCAGAGUAACAGUGGUCUACUGCACUACAACAUGGCUCGCUGCUACCAGGCCAAACGGGAAUACGACAACGCCAUCAACCAAGGGAAACAGGCGCUGGACAUCUUCAGGAAGAAUUAUGAUCGGCACCCAGACAUUGCCGAUACAGUGUACCUGAUAGGGAGAUUCCACCACGACAAAAAGGACUAUGAAUCGGCCAGGAAGCUGUAUAUGGAAAGUUUGGAAUUGAACAAGGAGCUUGGUACGCUCAUUUUCUAA